AUGUCGGACACUAAGCUGGAGACUCAAUCUGAUGGCGCUGGGGUCGUGGAAGAUCUCACCUUUGGAGUCGACGAGAAGAAGCUCGUCCGAAAACUCGAUCGCCAUCUUAUCCCGCUGAUCAUGCUUCUAUAUACCUUUAGUUUUCUCGACCGAGUCAACAUCGGCAAUGCGCGGCUGUACAAGAUGGAAGCCGACCUUGGUUUGGUGGGCAACCAGUAUCAAAUCGCUGUCUCUAUCCUCUUUGUAACCUAUCUGUCUUUCGAGGUCCCUUCGAAUCUGGCUUUGAAGCCCUUUACUCCAUCCCGUUGGAUCGCGUUCAUCACCACGGCAUGGGGAAUCGUUGCGACGUGCACCGGCUUGGUCCAAAACUUUGGCGCAUUGGUCGCCGUCCGUUUACUCCUCGGCGCUGUUGAGGCUGGUCUCUUCCCCGGUUUGAACGUCUACUUGACGUUCUUCUACACCAAGCAUGAACUUGCUAUGCGCGUUGGGUAUCUCUUCGUGAGCGCGGCUAUCGCUGGGUCUUUGGGCGGAUUGCUGGCUUAUGGCAUUGGCCAUCUGGAGGGAGCGCAGGGCAUGAAUGGUUGGCGAUGGAUUAUGAUCAUCGAAGGACUACCUAGUGUGGUCCUCGGUAUAGUGACCUUCUUCCUUUUGCCCAAUGAUGCAGAGAAUGCGUACUUCCUCGACGAGAACGAGAAGAAACUCAUGGUGGCAAGGUUCCGGCGCAACUACGGUGAUACGGCAUCUGCACAACAUUUCAGUAAAAAGGACAUGUAUUUGGCGUUCAAGGACUGGAAAGUCUGGGCCUUCUGCUUUGCACAGUUUGGAGUGGACACGAUGCUUUAUGGUUUCUCGACGUUCUUGCCUACCAUCAUCAACGGGUUAGCAAAGUGGACGACGGCCGAGGUACAAUUACUCACCAUCCCUUGUUACUUUAUGGGUGCUGUUACGUAUAUGGUUGUGGCGUGGUUAUCAGAUCGCACGCAGAGGCGCGGCGUUUUCGUGGUCAUCUUUGGCACAGUCAGCGUCAUCGGCUACGGGAUACUUCUUUCGGACUCGUCUGCGGCUGUCCGUUACUUCGCCUGUUUCUUGAUCGCCAUUGGCCUAUACGUAACUGUAGGUCUGCCGCUGGCAUGGGUACCCAAUAACACACCGAGAUACGGGAAGUGUACCACUGCAAAUGGCAUGCAGUUGACAAUAGGCAAUGCUUCUGGAAUUAUGGCACCCUUCAUCUUUUUGACCGCAGAAGGCCCUCGAUACAUCAAGGGCAACGCGGUUUCUCUAUCCAUGGUGGGAAUGUCCACGUGCAUCUACGCAUUCAUGUGGUUCUGGUUCUCAAGGGAAAACAGGAGGCGAGAUGCUGGACAAGUAACCGGUCAAUUUGAGGGAAUGUCCGAGGAAGAGUUGGCAGAGCUUGGCGAUGAAAGCCCGCAGUACCGGUAUACAAUCUGA